GGCGCCCCUGCGCCGUAAGCCCGGCCGCAGUUCCCAGCCGCGAGUUGGGACGCGGAGUCUGAGGAGUCAGAGGUGCACAGCGGCGCGCGAUGGCUGCGUGGAGCGAGCGGCUGGCAGGCGUGCGCGGGGUGCUGCUCGACAUCUCGGGUGUCCUGCACGAUAGCGGCGAGGGCGGCGGCGUGCCCAUCCCUGGCUCCGUGGAGGCGCUGGCGAGACUGAAGCGGUCCCAGCUGAAGGUGAGGUUCUGCACCAACGAGUCACAGAAGUCCCGGGGGGACCUGGUGGGGCUCCUGCGGCACAUGGGCUUCGACAUCUCUGAGGGCGAGGUGACCGCCCCGGCCCCGGCCACUUGCCUGAUCCUGAAGGAGCGAGGCCUGCGGCCACACCUGCUCAUCCAUGACGGAAUCCGCUCAGAAUUUGCCCAGAUCGACACGUCCAACCCGAACUGUGUCGUAAUAGCAGAUGCAGGAGAAAGCUUUUCUUACCAAAACAUGAAUAAGGCCUUUCAGGUGCUCAUGGAGCUGGACAAUCCUGUGCUCAUAUCUCUGGGAAAAGGACGUUACUACAAGGAGACCUCUGGCCUGAUGCUGGACGUCGGUGCCUACACAAAGGCGCUCGAGUAUGCCUGUGGAAUCAAGGCCGAAGUGGUGGGGAAACCCGCUCCCGGGUAUUUCCAGUCGGCCCUGCAGGAGAUGGGGGUAGAGUCUCACGAGACGGUAAGGAGGUGCUGGCAGGCAAAGAUUGAAGAAACGUGAACGAAGCUGCUUGAAAGCUCAGACCGGAAGACCUGCCUGCGGGGCUCAGUGCCCCCUCCGGCUCUCCGGGUCUCCAUGUUCCCUGGGAGUCCAGCCUCGCCGGGUGCCUCUGCCCUGCCUUCACCGUAUUGCAGUCAGAAAGGAAGUGCAUCCCGGGCCUGACAGGUAGGGGUUUUUUAUUUCCCCCGACGGCGCACCUCUUGACCUCUAUCUUCUUGCCAAUGAUUUUUUUUAAAUCCUAAAUGAUUUGGCAAUAAUUGCCCCUCGUCGCGUGAUCAUUGCCCUUCACCGAUAGUAAAUCUGUGAAAUCCCCGGAGGCCCCAGCGCAUUUUGGUUUGCAGAGCCCACAAGCUGGCCCGGACAGGCAUCACUGCUCCGGGCAGCUGCACGCCCCGCAGCGUCCCCGGCACCCCUGCGCUCCCCCAGCCUCACAUGCGGCUUCGGGGCGCUGCCCGGAUCGGGCAUCGGCUCGUCGUGACCGAGUACAGUGGCCGCUUCUCCAGAGUUCUUCCUCCAAGGGCCCAGAUCUCUGCUUCCGCCUUUGUGGGUCACAGCAGCAAAUGGCCUUGCCCAGGAAGCCCCGGGAGGCUGUGUUCCGAGGGCGAAGACUUUCUACUGCCUUGGGGGAACGUGUGCACAAAAUCUUCUUUUCCCCAGAAGCAUGGAAGGCAUCAGGCUUGACACGGAUUCGUUGGAAGACCUGUUUCAUUUCCAAGUUACUUCUAGCAAGAUGGCCCCCGGAGCCUCCGGUAGCAAUGGACAGGGCCCUAGGUUGGAAGGUUAGGAACGUUCAGAGGCCUCGAGAGGGCAGAAAGCAGAAUCUCAUCCUGGGGCUCAUGGCUGGUCCGGCGCCCUCCUCCUGGAUGAGUCGUGUGGUGGCCCGGUUGACCCUGGCUUGCAGAACCACCCAUGUGUGAGCCCUGCUGCUCUUCUCUUGUCAGGAGGCACACGUAGCCCCCUGGCUGUUUCUUCUAUUUGGAUUUGGGGGCCUGGGUGGCUCAGUCAGUUGUGUCCAGCUUCCACUCAGGUCAUGAUCUCGUGGUUCAUGGGUUCGAGCCCCGCGUCGGGCUCUCUGUGACAGCACAGAGCCCGGAGCCUGCUUUGGAUCCUGUGUCUCCCUCUCUCUCUGCUUCUCCCCCCUCUCAAAAAUAAGUAAACACUAAGAAAAAAAAAAACCCAUUUGUAUUUGGCAGUGCUCUCCCAAGCCAACAGUCAUCCUAGAAGAAAUUUCCAAUUUUUACCGUACCUGGGUACUUGCCACUGGCACUAUUACUCAAUUUUUCUUUAAAUCGAUGGAAUUAAAAAAAAUUUUUUUUAAUGUUUAUUCAUUUUUUGAUAGAGACAGAACAUGAGUGGGGGAGGGGCAGAGAGAGAGAGGGAGACACAGAAUCCGAAGCAGGUUCCAGGCUCUGAGCUGACAGCACAGAGCCCGAUGUGGGGCUCAAACUCAUGGACUGUGAGAUCAGGCGGCUGUGGCCACUAGCCGUUGGCAGAGGUCUCAGUGCUGGUGGUCAUUGUCCACGUCCGAGCUUCUACCUGGGGCCUCCCUGAUGAAGGCCCCUUCAGCCUCUGCUUGAAUAUGAUUGAGUGGUACCUCCGAGGCAGCCUGUGUUGGUUGUUAGAAGAGCCUCGUGUUUACCUGGAACUACCUCUCUGACCCCCAGAGUGGCACCAGCUCAGUCUUUGUCCUUUUCCACAAACUCUUCAUGAUUUCUCCAGUUAUUUGAAUGCCUGUUCAGAUGUUUCCAAGGACAGUCGCUUCGGGCUUAUUAGCCUGUGCUUUGUGGAAUGCAUUGUAUGGCCCUGCCCUGGGGAAGGGCGGCAGAUGGGUUGUUAGCACACAUAUGGGGUCCCCUGCUGGGAAUGCCCCUACCUCCUAACCUGGCCGGCCCCUCUUGCCCUUCAGGUUGAAGCUCAAAACCUCACGUCUUCCAGGAAGCCUUCCCCGACCACUACCCCUCACAGCCUCCUGCACCUUAUCACAGGUCUUGGCUAUGUAUUUAUGAAAUUGUCUGAUGAACGUCUGUCUUCUGUAUUCAACCAGGAGCUUCAUGAAGGCAGGGACUGUGUCUCUUUGAUCCCCUGUAUCCCCACUGCCUGCCCCCCACAGGGGCUUAAUACAAAAGUGCUGGGUCACUGGAGGCAAGAGUGCCAUCAUAGAGACUGGACUAUCUCCAACAGGGCUAGAUCAGGAAUUUCCCCAACAAAACAUUUCCUAGUAUGUUUUUCCUUUUAAACAUAUGCAGAUAACUUAUGUGCAGGCACUGUCCUCGAUGCUUAAUUGAUAUAGUUUCAUUUAAAUGCCACACCGCUUAGACCCCUUUUACAGAUUGAAGCAGAGCCUUGCCCAAGACCACAGAACUAGCAGAUAACAGAGCUGGAGUUUGAGCCUGGUUGCUCUGGCCCCAUCUGAAACCUGAGCUCAGUCUGUCCAUUCUGCUGGUCACACAAGGCCUGCCUCUGCUUCCACUGCCCCCUAUCCCCCACUCUGAGAUGGGAGACAUGUUCCUUGCGGACUCCUGUCCUUACAGGCAGAGUCCAAAUUCAUUCCCCCAGUGUGAAUGCCUCACAGUCAUCGUUUGGAUUGUCCUUGAUUUUGGCUGGUGUAUCUAUUCACUGAUUAGCCACCCACACCUGGCAUCUGAAUUCCAGAGGGGAGACUUGUGGAGUGACUGUCAGUUUUGAAGCUUCCACCCUGUCGGAAUCAGGACACCCGUCUUGUCACGUGGAGUCUGGUUUCUCAGACCCAUCUGGCCUCCAACCACGUAAAAUCCCAACUGGACUUGAGAACAGAUCUGGAGAAUGUUUGAUGUCUAAGACGUCCGAUUUUUCUUCCACUAGCAGAAUCUUGUCCUGAGAAUAUUUUGAAGCUUUUAAUCAGAGUUUUGUGGUAGUUAAGUGAGGGAAGCUGUUCUUUUUUUCUUUAAAAGUACAUAUGUGGGGCGCCUGGGUGGCUUGGUUGGUUAAACAUCUGACUUCGGCUCAGGUCAUGAUCUCACAGUCCAUGAGUUCGAGCCCCGUGUCGGGCUCUGUGCUGACAGCUCAGAGCCUGGAGCCUGUUUCAGAUUCUGUGUCUCCCUCUCUCUCUGCCCCUCCCCUGUUCAUGCUCUCUCUGUCUCAAAAAUAAAUAAACGUUAAAAAAAAAAAGUA